AUGAGCGGGCACGUCGGCGACCUAAGCGCCAAGCAGGAGGCGGCGCUGGCCCAGUUCCGUGAGAAUAUCCAAGAUAUCUUACCAGGUCUUCCGGCUCAGGAUGAUUACUACUUGUUGAAAUGGCUCCGAGCCCGGUGUUUUGACCUGCAGAAGUCUGAAGCUAUGCUCAGGAAGCAUGUGCAGCUGCGCAAGUAUAUCGAUUCUGACCACAUUAAGGAAUGGAAAGCCCCAGAGGUUAUCCAGAAGUACAUGGCUGGAGGGACAUGUGGAUUUGAUCGGGAGGGCUGCCCGGUUCAGUACGAGAUCAUUGGGACCCUUGACCCCAAAGGGUUGCUCUACUCUGCUUCAAAACAGGAUCUGCUCAAAAAUAAAUUUCAGGACUGCGAGUAUCUGCGGGACAUCUGCGACGAACAGACCCAAAAACUGGGGAGAAGAGUUGAAACUAUCGUCAUGAUUUAUGACUUUGAGGGGCUUGGUUUGAAGCAUCUCUGGAAGCCAGCUGUUGAAGUCUACAUAGAGCUUCUUGGCAUGUUCGAAGAUAACUUCCCUGAGAGCCUUAAAUAUUUAUUUGUCAUUAAAGCUCCGAAACUAUUCCCCGUAGCUUACAACAUGGUGAAGCACAUUCUGAGUGAAGACACUCGCAAAAAGUUAAUUAUUCUAGGAGCAAAUUGGAAGGAAGACUUGCAGAAAUAUAUUGACCCCGCGGAGAUUCCCAUGAUAUAUGGGGGGGCCCUCACGGACCCUGAUGGAAACCCCAAAUGUGAAUCCAAGAUAUGCUUUGGUGGUGACGUGCCCAAAACAUACUACGUGCAAGAUCAGCUGAAGCAACAGUAUGAGCAUUCCGUAAUGGUGAAUCGGGGGUCUUCCCAGCAGCUGGAAUACGAGAUCCUCUUUCCAGGCUGCGUCCUGAGGUGGCAGUUUAUGUCCGAUGGUGCCGAUAUAGGCUUUGGCAUCUACCUGAAGACCAAAGUGGGGGCCCGCCAGCACGCUGGGGAGAUGGCUGAGGUAUAUCCCAACCAGCGCUACAACGCACACCUGGUCCCUGAAGAUGGCAGCCUCACCUGCCCAGAUGCUGGCAUCUACGUCCUGCGUUUUGACAAUACCUACAGCUACGUCUAUGCCAAGAAAAUCAGCUACACGGUGGAGGUUUUACUCCCGGAUAAGAAAUCGGAGCAGACGUUCCAAGAGUUGGAGGGACAGACCAGGGCGCUGGAAAUCAACCACGCUUGA